AUGUCAAAAGAACUAAAUGUGGAUGUCCUAGUUAUUGGCGCAGGACCAACAGGCCUAGGAGCCGCCAAACGACUAAAUCAAAUUAACGGCCCCUCUUGGCUAAUCAUCGACUCCAACGAGAAAUCCGGCGGUCUUGCAUCAACAGAUACAACACCAGAAGGCUUUUUAUACGACGUAGGUGGCCACGUCAUCUUCUCGCACUAUAAUUACUUCGACGAUUGUCUCAAUGAAGCCCUCCCAAAUGAAUCAGACUGGUUCACUCACCAACGUAUCUCCUACGUUCGCUUCAAGGGUAUCUGGGUUCCGUACCCAUUCCAGAAUAACAUCUCUAUUCUUCCCAAAGAAGACCAGGUGAGAUGCAUCGCUGCCUUGAUCGAUGCUGCGCUCGAAGCUCGCGUUGCAGAUACAAAGCCUGCAAAUUUCGAUGAGUGGAAUAUUCGGAAUGUUGGUUCGGAAAUCAAUGAUAUUUUUAUGCAGCCAUAUAACUUUAAGGUUUGGGCUGUGCCGACUAGCAAGAUGCAAUGUUCCUGGCUUGGUGAACGUGUUGCGGCUCCAAAUCUGAAAUCCCUCGUCAACAACGUUAUCAUGGAUAAAGUCGCUGGUAACUGGGGUCCUAAUGCUACUUUCCGUUUUCCUGCUCGUGAUGGUACGGGUGGUAUCUGGACAGCUGUUGCGAAGACAUUACCUGAUGCUAACAAACGGUUUGGAGAGUCUGGUAAUGUUACCAAGGUCGAUGCUGCAGCGCACAAGGUUAUACUUCAGGAUGGGACGAUCAUCAAGUAUGGCAAGUUGGUGUCGACUAUGGCUGUUGAUGCUUUAGUUGAGAAAAUGGGGGAUGAGAAGGGAGUAGAUUUUACACGGGAUCUGUUUUACUCCAGUACUAAUGUGAUUGGUGUUGGUAUUCGGGGACAGCGGCCGGAGAGAAUCGGUGAUAAGUGCUGGCUUUACUUCCCUGAGGAUAAUUGUCCAUUUUACCGCGCUACUAUCUUCUCGAAUUAUUCGCCCUAUAACCAGCCCGCGGAUGACGUCUCCCUUCCUACUAUCCAGCUUGCAAAUGGACAUAAAUCCAAUGAUGGACUCAAACCCGGUCCCUACUGGUCCAUCAUGUUGGAGGUUUCAGAGUCACCCCUCAAGCCUGUGAACCAGGAGACUAUACUCGCAGAAAGUAUCCAAGGAUUGAUCAACACUGAACUUCUCGAUGCCAACGACGAAGUCGUCAGCACCUACCAUCGUCGUUUUGAUCAUGGAUAUCCUACUCCAACGCUGGAACGUGAUGGGGCAUUGAAGGACCUCUUGCCUCAUCUUUAUAAUCAGGAUAUUCUUGCAAGAGGCCGAUUUGGAUCCUGGAAGUAUGAGGUUGGGAACCAAGAUCACUCUUUUAUGCUUGGUGUUGAGGCUGUUGACCAUGUUGUUAACGGGGCUGUGGAGCUGACGCUUAAUUAUCCUGAUUUUGUGAAUGGGCGUCGGAAUACGGAGAGGAGACUCGUUGAUGGGGCACAGGUGUUUAAGCAGAAGAAGCAGAAGUUGGAUAUUCGGUAG